GACUAGCUUGUAGCCCGUAGCCCGCUAGCAUCACCUACCGCUAGCCUUGUUUACGUUUCACAUUUCUCAUUUACCGCUGUUCUGUUUAAAAAACAAAUAUGUCUGCUGUCUCUCCGGUUUUGAGUGCAGAUGAGGACUCGCUCGAGCUUCAUAUGGUGCGGCUGGAACUGGAGGAUGUGGGGAAGCAGAUCCGCGGCCUACUCGACAAGCAGGCCCAGCUGCUGGAGCGACAAACUGCGUUGGAAACAUCUUGUGCCUCUGCCCACAUAUCCAAGGUAAGCACACAGCGUGGUAUUUCCACUCCCAGCCCCUCUACGCCGUGUGUUUCUCUGUGCAGGGACCGUGCACCUAGGACUUUCCCAGCCGUGGUCUCCGUCACGCCGGCGCCAACACACCUCGGGCCUUGGGUGAACCAGCGGCGGAAGGCGCAGGCUGGACCCUCUCCACCUCCGGUGUUCGAGAUUCCAACCAGGAACCGCUUCGCCCCUCUCCGUCAGACCAGACCCAACGCUGUGAUCGUCGGGGACUCCAUUGUGCGGAACGUCCGUGUAGCCUCAUCUAAAGGUAAGGUGCGCACACACUGUUUUUCUGGUGCUUGUGUCCUUGAUGUCGCUGCGCAGGUAUCCGGGAUCCUGAAGAAGGACGAGUGCAUUGGAGCGGUUGUGCUGUACGCGGGGACGAAUGACACCAGGCUGCGGCAGACGGAGGGACUUCUCCAGCCUGAUUGAGACGGUACGAGGCAGAUCACCCACCGCGAAGAUCAUCGUCUCUGGACCUCUUCCCACAUACAGAUGUGGAGCAGAAAAGUUGUUUCGUCCUGAUGGCCUGCACCCCAGCAGCCUUGGAGUGGAACUGCUGUCAGACAACAUCUCCAAGGCGCUACACUCCAAGUGACUGCCUACCAUAAGUACAUCUUCCAAUAAUAACAACAUUCAGUAUAAUCAAUGUUCAAUUAAAAAUCCGGCACCGGUAAUACAUACUAUAGAGACUGUGUCUGUUCCCCGAGCUAUACAAAUAUAUAGAAAAUCUCGGAAAGUCUAUCUUCGUAACCUAAUUAACAUAAAAUUAAAUCAUAUUGAAUGCACAGCCAGCACUUUUGAUCUGAGGCUAGGACUAUUAAACAUUAGAUCUCUUGCAUCUAAGGCUCUUAUUGUUAACGACAUCAUUACUGAUCAGGAAUGUAAUUUAAUGUGUUUAACAGAAACUUGGAUUAAACCAAACGAGUACAUAGCAUUAAAUGAAGCCAGUCCUCCUGGAUACAGAUAUGUACAUCAGCCUCGUUCAACUGGUAGAGGAGGAGGUGUUGGUCUCAUCCAUAGUAAAAAUCUAGUCGUCACACAAAAACCUAAGCAUAAAUGUAAUUCUUUUGAAAUUCUUUAUACCAGUAUAAGUUAUGUAGCCACAAAAAAUAAGUCAAUUCCUCUAAUUAUUAUUUACAGACCCCCAGGGCCAUAUACUGAAUUUCUUAGUGAAUUUGCAGACUUUGUCUCAAACCUGGUUGUGUCUGUAGAUAAAGCAUUAAUCGUCGGAGACUUUAAUAUUCAUUUUGAUAACCUGGAAGACCCUCUAAGAUUAGCG